CUUCUCUGCCCCAUGGGACACAAUUGCGGAGGGGUGAAGAGACUCUCUUCUCCAGGAACUGGUCUCCCCCAGCUUUGGGAGUGAUGGGGGGCAAGUGGGGAACUAACCCCACAGGAAGCAGAGGCUACAAGGCAAAAACCCAGCCCCCCACCCACACCCUGCUCCCUGUGUGUUACUAUCACACACAUUCGUGCUGAUGGGGUCUGUGUGUCUUGAGUGUUGGGGGCUGCCUGCAGCCCUGGUCUGAUUUCCCUGCAGGUUUCCGAUCUCAGCCACACCAGAGUCAGACCAGAGUCACUGCUGGCUCUGGCAGUGGGAGAGUGUGGAUGUGCCAAUGGGAUCAGCCUCUGCCUGCCUAUCCCUGGGGGCUGCAGGGGGAGUCCAGGGCAGCUCAUUCUUCAGGUGUUGCCACAACAGGGCUGUGGCUGUUGCCAAGGGAGAGGGAUUUACACUGCAAUGGGGGGCAAUCCCCCCAAGUGGCCCCUUUGAUUCUGCUCUUUUCUAGCAUUUGGUUCAGGAUGCUGUUACUGGGAGGGUCUGAAGAGGCUGUGUGGAACUGCGGUAUGACAUGGACUGAAGCCCCUUCUAUAACCUCCCCCGUCGCCUCUCUCGCCCCGACAGGCUGAGGAAUUAUGUCCACAUUUCACUCCAGAUCGGCCCAUCUUCCAGUGGACAGGGAAGGGAAAUGGCUUCGAUGGAGCCAGCUCAGAUGCCGGUGACCUUCGAGGAGGUGGCUGUGUAUUUCACCCAGGCGCAGGGGGCUCUGCUGGACCCCGCUCAGAGAGCCCUCUACAGGGACGUCAUGCUGGAGAACUACGAGACGGUGACCUCACUGGGAAACCCCGUUCCCAAACCUGAGUUGAUCACCCAGCUGGAACGAGGGGAAGAGCUGUGGGUCCCAGAUCUCCAGACCUCCGAGGAAGGGGAGAUCCCAAGAGGCUCCCAUACGGCAGGUGAAGGUUCAGUGAGUGAGAUUAAGGAAGAGAAUCCACAGCAGGAAUGUCCUGAGGAACAGGAACUGCAUAGGAUGUUAUCGGGAAGAUCCAAAGAGAAUUUUUCCCAGAGUGCUGAACAGGGAAAAGUCUGGGGGAAUCAGCCCAAGUCAGAGAGGCACAAAGGGAAAGAAGCGGGUAAAGCCGUUAAUUGUAGGAGAGGAUGCAGUAAUCCCAAGGAAACCACAGCCCAACAGAAAAUCCAGACAGAAGAGAGAAAGUACACGUGCACUGAAUGUUGGAAAAGCUUCAGUCGUAGUUCAAACCUCAUUGCCCAUCAGAGAAUCCACACGGGAGAGAGACCCUUUAAAUGUACCGAGUGUGGGAAAAGCUUCAUUCAGAGAGUAAACCUCAUUUCUCAUCAGAGAAUCCAUACGGGAGAGAGACCCUAUAAAUGUACCGAGUGUGGGAAGAGCUUCAGUAAGAGAUCGCACCUGAAUACACACACAAUAAUCCACACGGGAGAGAGACCCUAUAAAUGUACCGAGUGUGGGAAAAGUUUCGGUCAGAGAUCACAGCUUAAUACGCACAAAAUAAUCCAUGCAGGAGAUGCAUCCAUGAUAACCCAUGCCAGAGAAAAACAUUAUACGUGCUUGGACUGUGGGGAGAACUUGAAGUGGAGCUCAGAACUGGUUACACAUCAGAGACUCCACACAGGAGAGAUCCCUUAUAAAUGCUUUGACUGUGGGAAAUGUUUCAUGCGGAGUUCAACCCUUAUCUUACAUCAGAGAAUCCACACAAGAGAGACACCCUAUCAGUGCCCCAGCUGCGGGGAAAGAUUCAGAUGGAGUACGCAGCUUGUGAAACAUCAGAUGCUCCACACGGGAGAAAGACCCUAUAAAUGCCCCGAUUGUGGGAAAAGCUAUAGUGACAGCUCAUCCCUUAUUUCACAUCAGCGAACCCACACGGGAGAGAAGCCCUAUACCUGUGUGGACUGUGGGAAAAGUUUCAAUCAAAACUCAACCCUGAACAGACACAAGAGGCUCCACACGGGAGAAAAACCCUAUAAAUGCACUGAGUGUGGGAAAAGUUUCAGUCAGCGAUCAAACCUCAGUGUGCAUCAGCGACUCCACACAGGAGAGAAACCCUAUAAAUGCCCCGACUGUGGGAAAAGCUUCAAUCGGAGAUCAAACCUUAGCGUGCACAAGAAGCUCCACACAGGAGAGAAACCUUGAACGGGGGAAAUGCUACAACUGGGGUUCGGAUUUAUAUUAGGCCUCAGCAAAUCCAUGCAGGGAAGAUACCUCUUAAACAUCCUGAGCGUGGAAAAUACUUCAAGCAGAGUUAAUGGGCUUGUCUACCCUACAGAGCCUUGGCCAGGAUAGCUCGGAUGGCAGGGUCACCUAGUAGAUAAGCAGCGCAAGCCAACAGAAAUAUACUGCCAACCUAGUUAAAAAGCCUUCCGGAAGGAGGUUAGCUAAACCCACAGACGCACUAGCUGCGUCUACACUCAGGAGUUUUGCCAGCAUGACGGGGGGGGGGAGUGAUUUCCCCACACACGCUCUUAGUUAUGCCAGGAAAACUUUGUAGCCUAGACAAAGCAGUUAUUGGACAACAGGAGAGAGAUUCUACCAGUGCCCUGACUAGGGCUGGCUACCAUGUAAAAAAAAAAAAUCUGUUUCCUUGUUGCCACACAUAUUAGGGGCAUUUGGCUCCCAAGUGUCCAGCUGCCCAUCGCUGAGGUGAGGAUCUAGCAGCAGCUGGUCAGUGACCCUCUGGCUUUGCCUGGUCUAAGCAAACCAGGCAGAGGAGGAGAAGCCCCCAUCAGCCCCUCCUCCCUACUGCAGCACUGGCUGCUGAGCUGAUGGGCCAUGGGUUGGGGAAAGAGAGAGAGAAACUCCUCCAGACACUCUCUCUGCCUAGCUGAAGUUCCCCCCUCUCCCUUCCCUUCCCAGCCGGGAUCCCCCUGCCAUGGAGAUGAGGAGAAGGACACUUGGGCCAGGCCCCACCAUCACUCUCGACCACUGUCCCUACCCCCAUCUUCCACCAGCCGCUGGGCUGGGCUCCUCCACCGACCUGGAGCUGUUCCCUUCAGGGUGAGUGUCCCUGGAGGGCUGGUAACUCCUCAUCUCCCCAAAUCUACAAGGGUGCUGGGCUCUAGGGGAUCAAAGGUUAAGAGAUCAAGGGGGAUGGGUUUGGGGAAUGGUGCUGGAGUAUUAAAUAUUAGAGCUGAGAAGCAGGGGGAGCUGAGUGCUGGGGCUAUCAGGCAUUUGGGGAUCAUGGGAUAAGAGGAGGUGGAAGGGAUGGGGUUAGGGAGAUGAUUUCCCCUAUUAUUCAUGCCCCUGCUCUUUCUGCAAUGAAAAAUCGACAGGGCCUGCUUUCCCUAGUACCCCUCGUAGCAUCCCUAGAAAAGUCUAGAGGCCUAGGAAUCCUCUCUCAGCUUCGCCACCAUCAGCCUCUGAGUGUUCUCUUAGAUUAGAAAGUGUGGACAGGGAUAGCUAGUGCAUUUCCUUCUGACCCUGGCCAAACUUUCACCCCGUUUUCUAAUCCAGACCCACACUGAGCUUGAUUAGCAGGGUGAGUGUUAGUCACCGAGUUCCUGCUUCGGGGACACUGUGCCUCAUCCCUAGUUCUUCUUAACUUGCUUCAGGUCGUCCCAAAGGCUUUUUUGUUUUUUAAUAAAACAGAACGACAUAACUGAAUAGAUUAUAAAUGGAUUCGGGCAGGGAUAGAAAAAUGGUUUGUGUUAGCCUCUGUGUUACUUGAGGGCAACCUAGUGAGACAGAGGGAUUCUCACCUUUCCCCAGGACCACUUCAUUCCCCUCUUCCCAGUUUUACCUUAAGAACGGCCACAUUGGGUCAGACCAAUGGACCAGCUAGCCCAGUAUCCUUUCUUCCAACAAUGGCUGACGCCAGAUGCUUCAGAGGGAAUGAACAGAAUGGGGAAAUUAUGGAAUGACCCAUCCCCAGUCAUCCAGACCCAGCUCCUGGCCGUCAGAGGCUUAGGGACACCAAGAACGUGGGGUUGUGUCCCUGACCAUCUUGACUAAUAGCCAUUGAUGGA